AUAUGCAUACAAAUUUCAAACUCAUACACACACACACACACACACAAAAUAUUAAAAACAAACCAAAAAAAGUAAAAACUAGCAAGAAAGCAAAUCGUGUAAAAGACGCCUAAUAAGAAGAAGCAGAAGCAGAAGCAGAAGCGAUAUGAGCGGAGAUCGGGAAAACCAUCAGUUGUCGCCAAAUGGCAGCGCCAGCUGCAGCUGCGGACUGCGCGGACGCAUUUGCGCGUGCACGCCACGCACCGAUAUCGAUAGCAUGGUAAUCGAUGCGCUGAACGAAUCGCGACGCCUGCGCGCCAGCGAUGAGUUGCGCGAACAGCUGGAGACAGAUCUGCUCGCCGUGGACUGCAAGUGGGUGCUGUUCGGCAUGGCGCUGCAGAGCUAUCGCUACGAGCAGCUGCUGGCGCCGUAUCCGCCGGCGUAUCGCACGCCAGCCGGUGGACAUAACAUAAAUGCGCUGUCGCUGGUCUGGGGCACAAUGCCGGAAUUUACGGUGGUGCAGCGACGCUUGCAGCACAAUGCGCUGCCGCCGGAGCAGGUGGAGCUGCUGCAUUGGCUGCUGCUGCAAAGCGGCACGCCCAACUUGAGUUUGCUGUUGCGCCAGCAGCGGCUGCAGCUCUGGCAUCAGCUGCAGCAGCGACCACAGCCACGCCCACAGCUGGUGUUUCGUGUGGGCGGCGCGCUGACAACGCCGCUGCUUGCCAGCGAGUGUGUCUUCUAUAGCGGCGAUAUGGAGGAGCUAUAUGCGUUGAUCUCUGGACGCAGUCAGAAUGCAGAGCUGGAGUUUUACGAUGAGCUGGAGCUGGCCUGCCAAAUGGCCGAAUGGUGCCCGGGCUGGGGCUACUCGCUCUGCGGCUCGCUGCUGCGCUGCGUUGCAGUUUGCCAGCAGCCGUCGCAGCUGCACGCAGAGCAACCGCAGCUGCCACAAGUGCGCUACUUGCUGUUCUAUAGUUUAAACUUUAUGCAGCAUAUGCAACGUUUGCGACGUCGUCAAUGGAAGCUGCUGCAGCAGAAGCAACUACAACAGCAACAGCGACAGCAGCAACAGCAGCAGCAGCAGCAGCAACAGCCGCCGCCAACAGAACUGGAGGUGGACUUGGAGGAGCUUGAACAUGAGGAGUUCACAGACGAGCAGCUGCUAGAGCCGGAUGAGCUGCUCUUGGCGCCACAACAAUCCGUUUUAACACUUUGCGUGCGCUCAUCUAUUUCACGCUUGUUGCCGCUGCCGAGACUGAAGCAUUCGCGGCGGCGUCAUCUUUGCGUUGCCUUUGGUCUUCUCACAUUGGCAUCGUUGUCGCUGCUUUGCAAGAAUUUGCGUUUGGCUCAGCUGCCGAGCGCCCGCUGGGUCCAAUGUCUAUUUGGCUAAGCGCCCGCCAACCACCACCCACAACCCACCACCCACCACCCCCAGCCCAGGAACACACUCUCGUCUAUUUCUUUAAGUCUUUUCCAUUUAGCUAAACUAAACAAAUUCGUUGUCGCCAUGUUCUUGUCAUUGUCAUUAUUAAAAAGCAA